UUUCUUACUCCGAAUAUGAUUGACUGUAAAGAUCAACAAACGAUGUUGGGAUCGCUGUUGACUUCCAUGAAGCAGCAUUUUCGUAGUCUUAAGGUUGCUAACGGUGAAGAAAUAGGGAAAGACGGUAGCUUCGUUGAAAGUAUUAAAGCAUCUGUGAAUGGUGAUGCUAUUGAUUCAGGCGUAUCGGAAUCUGGAAUAUCUAAUGGAGGGCCGUUGAUUAUGGGACCAAAUGCAAUAAAUGGAAAUUGUGGUAAAUCGGAGACGGUUGAAACAAACAAAAAAUCAGAAAAGAAACGAGGGAAAGCGGAGAAAUCGAUUAGUUUCGAGGUUCUUCAACAACAUUUUGCUGGUAGUCUUAAAGACGCUGCAAAGAAUCUCGGUGUUUGCCCAACUACAAUGAAACGAAUAUGCCGACAACAUGGGAUCUCAAGGUGGCCAUCUCGUAAGAUUAACAAGGUUAACCGCUCACUUACAAAGCUAAAACGAGUGAUUGAGUCGGUACAAGGUGGCGAAGGAACGUUCACUCUUCCUUCGUUGACAACCACCCAACUCCCACUUGGCGUUGACUCCCCAUUUUCGCCAACGGCUCCAAACGGUUCACCAACUAACCAACACGGUUCACCAUGGUCCAAACCAUUUGACCGUUGUCCAAAGAACAAUCAAGGUCCAACCAUUCAAACAUCUGGCAGCCGAGAAACCAGCAUCGGUAGUCCAAAUUCUCAAAGAUCUUGCCAAGAAGAAACAACAAAACCAUUUAGAGGAAUGUUAACCGCGGAUGCCGGAAGCUCACAUGAUUUAACAAGCCUUUGUCCAGUCACAGAGCCUCUUGAAAAGGUACAAGAACUUGCUCCAAAUGCACAACCUUUCACAGCCAGGCCGGAAACAAAAACAAUAACGAUAAAGGCGAGUUACAAAGAAGAUAUAAUCAGGUUUCGUUUGGCUGCAAACUCGGGUAUAUUCACACUGAAAGAAGAAGUUGCAAAGAGGCUGAAGUUGGAUGCGGGUACAUUCGAUGUAAAGUAUCUUGAUGAUGAUCAUGAAUGGGUUUUAAUAGCGUGUGAUGCAGAUUUACAAGAAUGUGUUGACUUGUCCGGGUGCAACAUAAUUAGGCUUUCGGUUCAUGAUUUGUCGACAAAUUUUGGGAGCUCGUGUGAGAGUUCAGGUUAAUUGUAAGUGUUGGAAUGUUAGGAUUUGUAGGAUAUUGUUAAGUUGUAGUUUUUUGGGUUCAUAGCAACAGGACCAAAUUACAGGAGGAAUUUUCCCCUAUUUUUGUUGUAUAAGAUAUAAUGGAAUUGUCAAAAGUGUUAAUUGUAUAUUGGACUUUUU